GAUGAGGUCUUCUCACCGAUAACAACCCUCCUGCUCCGCGGCCGGCCACAUUCAGAUGUCCUUCAAACACUCCCUCCAUGGAUUUCUGGAUCCAGAAGACAUUUUUAAUACUUAAAGCUAGGAACCCGGCUGAGUGAGCUCCACAACAUGGUUUUCGAUGAUCGCCCUCCGACCGAAACCCCCGCCGGUCCUUGAAAGGAUUCUACGCAAAGGAACAAGCGAGUUCAACCACACCUUGACCUCUCACUGUGCCAGGAGGAAGCUGGAAUGAGCAAGGGGCCCUGAGGAGUCGGCGGAGGAGGCAUGAGGCGUGGGAUCGGCGAAGAGAGCAGGAAUCAGCUGCUUUCCAUGUGAACGUCCAGCACCAUGCCAAACCUGCUGGCAGCCCAGCACAAGAGGAUCAAACUUCUGCUUCCUCUACUUCUAAUGGUCGUCAGCGAGCAGGAAGCGACGGCCUCGUUGCUCGAAAGCCUCAUUUCUAAACGCACGGCGUACUGGGAAAACUGCAACAGCACCCUGGCGUCUGCUCCUUCUCCAGCAAACGGCAACUACUGUAAAGGAAGUUUCGACAUGUUUGUGUGCUGGCCCCAUUCAUCUCCGGGGAACGUGUCAGUCCCCUGUCCUCCCUUCUUACCGUGGAUCACAGAGGGCAGCGAAAGGAGGGCGUAUCGGGAAUGCUUGGAGAACGGCAGCUGGAGAAAGAUGGAGAACUCCUCAGAUCCCUGGCGAGAUGAUGCUGAAUGUAAGGAGGACCAAUACUUUAAAGACAAGGAGGACGAAUUGCUGCGCCAUUCCGCCCUCCGGCUCAUCUCUGUUAUUGGCUAUUCCCUUUCGCUGCUCUCCCUCACUCUGGCCACUCUCCUCAUGGGCAUGCUGAGGAAGCUGCACUGCACCAGAAACUACAUCCACAUGAACCUGUUUGUGUCAUUCAUCCUGCGGGCGGCCUCCGUCAUUUCGAAGGAAAUCAUCUUCCAUCUCAUGUACUCCAACCUGCCCACGAAUGACCCCGGCUGGAAUUCCUACUCCAGCUCUGCGAUUGUGCUCCUGUGCAAGUUCUCCAAAGUGUGCAUGGAGUACUUUGUGGCGUGUAACUACUUCUGGCUCUUGGUGGAGGCCAUUUUCCUUCACACGCUGCUCUUCACUGCGGUGCUGACCAAGAGGUGCCUGUUGAAGAAAUACAUCCUGCUAGGAUGGGGGACUCCCGUCCUGUUCGUGACGCCGUGGACCGUGGUUAAGAUUCUGUAUGAGAAUACGGGGUGCUGGUCAAUCAUGAACAGGUGGUUCUGGUGGAUAAUAAGAGGUCCGAUUACUCUAUCAGUGCUGGUCAUUUUCUUCAUAUUCAUCAAAAUUCUGAUGCUGUUGUUGUCGAAGCUGAAAGCAGAUCAGGUGAAAUUCACCGACUACAGAUACAGUUUGGCCAGAGCGACGUUGGUGCUGAUUCCCCUGCUGGGAAUCCAUGAAGUGGUCUUCACAGUGCUGAUAGAUGAAUGCAUGGAGGGCAGCAGCCGCUAUGCCCGGAACUUCAUUAACCUCACCCUCAGUUCCUUCCAGGGAUUCUUGGUUGCUGUGCUGUACUGUUUUGCUAAUGGAGAGGUCCAAACUGAGCUGAAAAAGCGCUGGCAACUGUUUUUGUUCACAAACCAUUUCAAGGUCCGGACCUGUUUUCGAGGAGCAAAUCUCAAGCACCUCUGGAAGUGCACUCGACGGCAGCACAGGAAACGCUCUCGGCAGUUUGACUCCUACGGUGAAGGCGCCGCUUCGACGGCUCGCCCACACCUCCUCCAGGUGGCUGUGCAAGGGGGAAGUAGGCCUCUUGGACUAGGGCCACUUAAAGACCAGGGACUUGAGGGCUACGACUCGGCAGGGCUCGACUUUCUUACCCGGAAGAGUCUUUCCAGUAGCGAUGGUGAGAUGACGCUGGGGGAGACAAUGGAGGAGAUUUUGGAAGAGAGCCAGUUCUGAACUCAGUUGGUAAAGUCCAACCAAAUUGGGGUUCAGAGAAUGAAUGUAUUCUCCAAGUAGAAUGAGCCAGCUUCAGGGGAUGGGAAAACGGUUUUAGAAAUGCAGUUUGUUCUACUGAGACUUGUAUUACCUGUACAAAAAUAAAAAGAAGUUCCGGUUUAUGUGGCACGGAUUUAGUUGCCUAUAUCUCUCUGGAGGUUGCGACAAAGACUCUAACCCUGACUUUAAUCUUAUGUACAAAAUGGUCAUGGUAUCCAGCCACAAAGACUUUUACUCACAAGCCAUUCGAGCCAAUCACCUACUCUGACACUUACCUUAAAGUAGCUGGAAUUGCCAAACCAGCAACAGACAUCUGCAUCACUGGUUAUGAUGGAAAGCUGCUCCAAACCCCAACCUCCAUCGCAUUUUUACCGCAAACUCGGCUCUCCGACUACCUCUGUUAUCGGCUUUAAGGAGCGGCAGAUCUCCAGUGCUGCCAUGGUCUUUUCCAAGGUCACACAAACACAGCAUGAAAAGCAUCUCAGCCUUGGCUCGUGAAAAGUGCUUUUGAAUCCUUGUUGUUUUCUGCAAAAAUACUGAUUUCAACCCAAGGAGUGGAGGAAAUGAAAGCAGAACUUGGAACUUAUGGCAUAACUUCAUGGUAAUAUGGAAGACAGCCUAUCUGUGAAAAACGUGGCGUUCACUGGCUCCUUCUAGUGAUCCACCCAAAGCCUGUCGCUGCAAACUCUCCAACUACUGCGGUCACCAUCUUCUGUGAAUAGAAAGACUUGUAAUUUACCCUUUUUUUUCCCCUCAAUUUUUGUUAAUGUGAAGAUAAUUCACAUUUUCUUGUGAAUUAUUUCUUUCCACAUUAUAACUUACGUUAUCUCUUAUGUGCGAAAGUAUUUCACAGCCUUGUGUACUUUGGAACAUUGCUGCUUUCUUUGGUACUUUUAUGUCUGUGUGAAAAAACAUAGAGGUUUCUCACAACCACAAGCCAAACUAUUCUGCCUCCAUAUAAUUUUAAUGCAGAAUGCUCCGUGAAUGUAAUCUGUGCGUUCUUGUGAUAAAAUGGACUCUAGACAUUCCUUCAAAUUGUGACUGUAAUAGCGAACCGAUGCAAAAUGAAAGUGCUUUUCUUUAUAAUCUCCAAACCACCGUAGGGUCGGUUAUUUUUAAUGCAGGAAAUGAAAACUUACUAGAAGCACCUCUGUAAUAAGUUGAUGCUUCCUGACUUUUUCUUUUUUUUUUAACAAUUAUUUUCUUGUGCCAAUGUGUGGGUGUGUUUGCUCAUUGUGAAACAUGGGGUAGUGUGCAGGACAGUUUACUGAAAGAAGACCUUAUUUUUGCCCUUUUUGGAGGAAAUUAUGGAAGAACAGGAUGUGGUCGAUACAUUUAGCACGAUGAAGAUCUUAAGAAAAUACCAGAAUUUUAAGAGUUAUUCCUUAAAUUUCAAAAAGUUUACCUUUUUUAAAACGUCCUAUCAUUUAUGAAUAUGGUUACAAUUCUCGUAAGUUCCACAGGAACUAUAAAGGGUUAGCUCAAAGUUCAUUAAUGAAGGUUACUUUAAGAUCAUUUCUCUUUAAUCCCUUGUGAGCGCAUAGGGAAAUGAAAUGUAUUCUAGUGUUAUAAAUAUUUUUAUUUUGAUAUAAUUCAAGUAGCUAAAAUCUGCUUAAAAAGGAGGUGGUAUACAUCUUACUAGCUUGUGGACUUAUUGACACAAUUUGAACAAGAUAAGUCGACAUGUCAUUUUGAUAAGGGUAAGAAAAUUACUCUGUUUGGUUCGCUUGUCGUCCUGGUGUUUUCUUACACUUAAUCUAAUCUGAAGGUGUCACAAAACACAUUAUAUGAUGCUGUAUUUAAAUUUUUGGGGUUUUAUCUGUUGCUAUUUUUUGAAUAUUUAAGCAAAAAAUAAAAAUACUUCUGUCAUGUUUUUGUUGGCAAAAAAGAAACAUCUUCAAAGUGCAAUUUCAUAUAAUUAGCCAAAUAUAAUGUUAAUGUCGAUGGUUGUAAGCUUACGCAACAAACUUUCCUGUCUCUCACAAACGUUAUAGCAGUAUUAAUCUCUUUUUAUACCGAUUUUGGUGAUUUAUUGUGUAAACUGUGAUAUGGCAGGCCAGUGAAAUACAUCCAAAUGUCACGUCAUCUGGAUUGCAGUGUGCAUAUAAAUACAAUGUAUUUGUCUUUUAAAUGUGAAUAAUACUGGGGUCUAAAGUAUAUGUAGCAGGCUUUAACUUGCUUUGUAUUCAGGCGAUGCUUCAGUGGUUACUGUACAUACUGAACGAUGAAAUGUUUGUGCAUAUGAACACCCUGUGAUGUACGUGCACAAAUAAAAACAGGUGAAUUGUCAUGAA